AUGAAGAACUCCGUUUACGCUACUGCCGCCCUGGUGGCCGCUGCCGCCGCCGACUCUGUCGGAAGUGCCAUUGUUGUCAACAAGUGCAGCUACGAUGUCACUCUUGUCAACGUUCCCUCUGCCAACGGUGGAUACUCUGAGAUUGACAAGAUCCUGUCUCCUUCCGACACCUACACUCAGGCCUGGACUUCUCUUACCAACGGAAACGGCUGGUCUAUCAAGCUUUCUAACAGCUCUUCCCUUGAGAACAUUCUCCAGUACGAGUACACCUACCAGAACGACGGCACCAUCUGGUACGACCUGAGCGAGGUCAACGGCAACCCCUGGGACGGAAACUGGGAGAUCACCGCCGACUCUGCCUCUUGCACUCCCAAGCAGCAGGCUUACCGCUACGCUACCGAUGAUGCCUACGGCAUGCAGGCUUGCCCCGCUGAAGCCGUCAUCACUGUCACUCUUUGCUCCGGCGAUGAUUCCAACGACAGCGCUGCUUCCUCUGCAUCCUCUUCGGUCGCUGCUGAGUCCACCUCCAGCCACUCCACUUUCUCGACCACUGUCGCCGCUCCUACUACCACUUUCCAGACCUCUGUCAUCACCUCGGCUGCUAGCAGCGCCAAUGCUGAUGUCGUUGUCACCGUUACCCAGGUCGCCUACACCACUCAGUGGGAUGGCCACCACUGGAGCCACAUUGGCAAGCGCGAGCACCAGCACCGCCGCCACCCUCACGGCAACUAG